AUUCAUAUUUGCUACUCACGAUUGACUGACGAUCGUCAAAACUCAAGCUUGAACAGUAUUCGCAAUGGCCACCAACGGCAUCAACGCGGCGCCCGCCUUUGCUAUGAACAAGCCCAAUCCCGCGUUGUACACAGAUGAGAAGCGUCAGAUCUUCAUGAACGACUCCCCCGAACUGCAACCCGGCCCAAACGACUGCGUAGUCCGCAUGCGCUGUAACGGAAUUUGCGGAUCCGACGUCCACUUCUGGCACACCGGCUGCAUCGGUCCCCUCACCGUAACAGCCCCCCACGUCCUCGGCCACGAAGGCUCCGGCUCAGUCGUCUGGGCCGGCUCCAACGUAACACACCUCCUCCCCGGCGACCGCGUCGCCAUCGAGCCCGGCGUGCCUUGCUCCACCUGCUACCAAUGCACAUCCGGAAACUACAAUCUCUGCGCGGACGUGGCAUUCUCGGGCGUCCCUCCUUUCUCCGGCUCGAUUCGAAGAUGGCAUGUUCACCCCGCUGCGUUCUUGCACAAGAUCCCGGAUGAAUUGAGUUUUUCGGAUGGAGCGCUGUUGGAGCCGUUGAGUGUUGUUCUGCAUGGGUUUGAGAGGAGUCCGAUUAAACUAGGCGAGUCGACGGUUAUUUGCGGCGCCGGGCCGAUAGGGAUGUGUGCCCUCGCAGUAGCGAAAGCUUCCGGCGCGGCGCCGAUAGUGAUCACAGAUCUCGACGCCGGACGACUCGAGUUCGCGACGGAGUUCGCGCCGGGGUGUAUUCCUUACCAGAUUGUACCGGGUGUGAGCGCGCAGGAUACGGCGGUGGAUAUUCUCCAGACGAUGCAGAAGGCGGGUGGGGACCAGCCGAGGGUGGUGUAUGAGUGUACGGGUGUGCAGGGGUCGGUGGUCACGAGUUGUUAUUUGCCGCGGCCGGCGGGGGAGGUGAUGGUGAUUGGGGUGGGGAGGCCGAUUAUGAAUGAGAUGCCGUUUAUGCAUAUGUCGCUUGCGGAGGUGGAUUUGAAGUUUAUUAAUCGAUAUCAUCAUUCUUGGCCCAUGGCGAUCAGGUUACUGCAGCACAAGGUCAUCGAUCUGCAGCCUUUGGUCACACAUCGGUACAAACUGGAGGAGGCACAGAAAGCGUUGGAGGCGUCGGCGGAUCGGAAUUCUGGAUCAAUCAAGAUUCAUAUCGAAGAC